AUGGACCAAACUGUCAAAGUCGGUGCCGUGCAGGCAGAGCCUGUAUGGCUCGACCUGGAAGGAAGCGUUGACAAAACUAUCUCCCUGAUCGAGAAAGCUGCCGCCGAUGGAGUCCAAGUACUUGGGUUUCCUGAAGUUUGGAUCCCUGGUUAUCCAUGGCAAAUGUGGACGUCGCUAGUCAUCAACAAUGGGGGCUGGAUCCACGAGUACAUGGCCAAUUCAAUGCGCCGAGACUCGCCCCAGAUGAAGAGAAUCCAACAAGCUAUUAAGAAAGCAGAACGAACCAUCUGGGGCGAAGGACAAGCCGAAUCGCUCAAAGUCGUCGUUGAUUCCAAGUUCGGAAAGGUCGGGGCAUUGAACUGCUGGGAGCAUUUACAGCUAUUGCUCCGAUACAACGAAUAUGCGCAGGGUGUGCAGAUACACAUCGCCAGUUGGCUAGCUGAGUUUGAAAUGCUAGACCCCGAAAAGAUUGCUUGGCUGUAUCAUGAGACUGGUGAGGCGAGCUAUCGCGCAAGUCAGUUCAUGGCCAUCGAGGGGGCAACUUUUGUCGCUGUUGCCUCACAGGUUCUCACCGAAAAGAACUUGGAACGGAAUGGACUUACAGGCAAUCCCGUUACCAAAACACCGGGUGGUGGAUUCUCGAUGAUCUUUGGGCCUGACGGCAAGCCACUUGCAGAGCCUAUCGGUGACGGCGAAGAGGGCAUCAUCACGGUUGUGGUAAAUCUGAGAGAUAUUGACAAGCCCAAGGCUUUCAUUGAUGUUGUUGGGCAUUAUGCGCGUCCCGACCUGCUCAGCCUCAAGGUCAACGAGAAGGUUGCAAAGCAUGUCAUCGUGGAUUAG